CGCCGAGCGUGAGCCUCCGCCUCCGCCUCCGCCUCCGCCUCCCCGCGAGGUCAGCCGGCGGCUCCGCCCGGCUGCCGCCCAGGAUGAACAUCAUGGACUUCAACGUGAAGAAGCUGGCGGCCGACGCCGGCACCUUCCUGAGCCGGGCGGUGCAGUUCACAGAAGAAAAGCUUGGCCAGGCUGAGAAGACAGAAUUGGAUGCUCACUUAGAGAACCUCCUUAGCAAGGCAGAAUGUACCAAAAUAUGGACAGAAAAAAUAAUGAAACAAACUGAAGUCUUACUACAGCCAAACCCAAAUGCCAGAAUAGAAGAAUUUGUGUAUGAGAAACUGGACAGAAAAGCUCCAUGUCGUAUAAGUAACCCAGAACUCUUGGGACAGUAUAUGAUUGAUGCAGGGACUGAGUUUGGCUCAGGAACAGCUUAUGGUAAUGCUCUUAUUAAAUGCGGAGAAACUCAAAAGCGAAUUGGAACAGCAGACAGAGAACUGAUUCAAACAUCAGCUUUAAAUUUUCUCACUCCUUUAAGAAACUUUAUAGAAGGAGAUUAUAAAACAAUAUCUAAAGAAAAGAAACUAUUACAAAAUAAAAGACUAGAUCUAGAUGCUGCAAAAACCAGACUUAAGAAGGCAAAAGCUGCAGAAGCUCGAGCUUCACAAGUAAACUCAAGUCGCCCUGAAGGAGAUAACAUUAUGGUAAAUUUCUCUUACAUGCUCAACUUCCUGCAUGUAAAAUGGCUGAAGAUAUGGGCAGAGGAAGUGACAAAAUCUGAACAGGAAUUAAGGAUAACUCAAAGUGAAUUUGAUCGUCAAGCAGAGAUUACCAGACUUCUGCUAGAGGGAAUCAGCAGUACACACGCCCAUCACCUUCGCUGUCUGAAUGACUUUGUAGAAGCUCAGAUGACUUACUAUGCACAAUGCUACCAGUAUAUGUUAGACCUCCAGAAACAACUGGGAAGUUUUCCAUCCAAUUACAACAACAAUCAAACUUCAGUGGCCUCAAUACCAUCUGCUGCAUCAAAUGUGAUUGGUUCUUCUGCCUUGACUUUAACAAGUGGUUUAGCAAUGACUUCUCCUUCUAACAUCACUGACCUUAAAGAGAGCAGCGGCUGCAGGAAGGCCAGGGUUUUGUACGAUUAUGAUGCUGCAAACAGUAGUGAAUUAUCACUUCUAGCAGAUGAGGUAAUCACUGUGUACAGUGUCGCUGGAAUGGAUUCUGACUGGCUCAUGGGAGAAAGGGGAAAUCAGAAGGGCAGAGUACCAAUUACCUACUUAGAACUGCUCAAUUAAAUAGGUGGGCCAUGGAAAGCCUUCCCAUCAUGAUGCCAUAUUUAUAUACAAUUAACUGAAUAAAGCAGGUUUAUAACUA